GCAAGCAUUAGAAUGGUUUGAUCGAAAAAUUCUUGGUAAACGAUGGGAACUUCACAAUAUUUUUGCAAAUCAUAGCCAGGCUGGUAUGGGUGCUCUUCAGGGAUGCACUAUGGCAGAGAUGAAUACUAGUAAUAGCUUUAGAAAUCCUUCAAUUGCCCAUGACUAUGCAAAUACUGCUGGUAAUAAUGCAGUAACCGUAGCUCAGAGGGGUAAACCUAUAGGAGACUUUUACUCAAAACUCUUAAAAUAUGGAAAAAUGCUUAAUCUUGAUGAGCAACAGAUUAAGGGACAAUUUUUAAGAGGUUUGUCUCCAGACUUGGAGGAUGAUGCAGAACGCAUUGGUACUGAGCAACCAUUAGCUGAUCUUUUUGAAAUUUUAGAGCGAAUUGAAAUGCGAAGAGCAGAGAAAAAAUUAGGAUUAGUUAGUAAAAUACCCCAGUCUAGUUAUAAAUUGUCAUCUAAAUUAAUAACACCUACACAAUCCCAAUCC